AUGGACGCGGACCUUGAGGCGUUGGACGCCCUGACAGAGGGCAACCUUCAACAGAUCAUCGAGAGCUGGGAAUGCUUCUGCACCGGAACCGACUCCUUCCUCUCAGGGGAUCUUUCUGUCGCCGCCGACUCCGACGAAUACGCCGCCUCCGUCCGCGCCCUCAGCCACUAUGGCCUCACCCGACUCGUGGGAGACCACUUCCUCCAAGCCCUCGAGGUUCUCUCUCUCUCUCUCUCUCUCUCUCUCUCUCUCUCUCUCCCCCCAUCGCGCUUGGUGUUCCAAGGUGUAUACUGCAAAGGAAAAGAGGUUGUGACUUCCGUAUCCAUAUGGUUACCUCCAUUAACUGUGGCAUCUGACGGGAAGAAUGCGCAGAAGAAACGCGCGUAGUUUGUUUGUUCGAUUGCCCCAGCGAAGUUCCGUCUCGUUUUCUUUAUGUCCAAAUUGGAGCUUUAUACUUAUGUUUGAAACGGUAUGACUAUGUUUCCUUUGUCGUAGGAGUCGUUCCGGAAGAACGCAGUUUCAAAGUUUUGGAAGAGUUUCAAUCCAUCCUCUGAUAAAACGGCCGCAUCAACGGUGAGUUCAUUCAGCGUGUGGAAUCUACUGCUUUCAUCGUACAGCCUCCUUAACUAUGCCUCUGUCAUGGAAUUCUAAUUCCAUCACCCAGAGUCACAUGCGUCCCUCUGGAUAUGUGUGUAUUUAUAUUGUGAAGCAUGCUAUAAUGAUCUUGAGAAUUAUAGAAGGUAUUCCCCGUAAGGCGGUCAUAUCCUCUUUGGGACACCCUUGUAAUUACUUCUGAUCUGCUCCUCGAGAUCCUCAACUGGGAGCACUUGCUGCCUCAGAAAUACUUUGCAUCUCUUGGAGAACAGACUGUAGUUUUAGCUGUCUUUUGGUGGGACGCAUUGUUUGUUUAUUUCUCUAAGCAGGAGAAGAUUUAUUCUGCAAUUGCAGUUUAUCUCAUAUGGGUCCAGUGAUGUUAAAAGAAUAGGCUUUAGUGCUUGUGAAGAUGAAGGACCUCUGCAAUCUCUUUUUUCUGGGUACAGAUUUUAUCACCAAUAUUUGAGUUAUAGCCUUAGCUUUCCUUCGUACGUUCCUGAUGAAGAGUACUGUUCUGCUCUUUUUUUCCAUCUUUCCUGAUAUUCGGCAUUGCCAUGAUUCAUCUGGAAGUGUUUGCCUCCUCUAGUUUAAAUUUAUCCAAGUGUGUCAGUUGACAACUUUCAAACGUAGAUUGCAAUUUUAUUUUAUUUUCAUGUUAUGUAAACUCUCGGCAAAGUUUCUAUUGUUUGAUGUUUUAAACUCGUGGGCAGUAAAAGAAUGUCAUAUCACUGAUGUCUCAGGAAGGAUCUGAGGAGAUGUUAACUGCAUCGCUGGAGGAGAUAUGCAUGGAAAAAGUUUAUCAGGAGAAAUUAUUGUCAAUUCUGCUUAAUUCUUUACUAUCAGAAGGUGAUGUUGCAUCAGAAUUGGAGGACUAUAUAUCCACUCUUCUUCCCAGGCACCAAUUGAUGGUAUCUUCAGUACUUCAUUCGACACUUCCUCAGCCAUUUCUUGGUGUGUGGUUCUUAUGGUUUCCUUCUCUUUUAUUAUUCUGCUGCUUCCUGUCGAUUUUGGAUGUCUUUCUCGUACAGUAGAUUUCAUUCUUUACACAAUCUAAAAUGACACUAUGUAAAAGGCCUCUUUGAUUUAGUCAUAUGUUUUCUUUCAUGAAAGUUUUCGCUAAUAAGGGUUAUCUCCUCUGCAUUGGUUAGAAAAAGGGUAAUUUAUAAUGCUCAGAAAAUUAUGUGAAAGUUCUGAGUAAGUUUGCCUUUAGACAGUUUACCUUGAAUUUAACCCAUCAGCUGCUAUGGCAAGAAUCCGGUCAGUUGUAGUCUGAUCCAACUGUCUAUUGAAGCAUUACAUUCCAAUCGUGCAAAAAAUCAAGAUGUUCUGUAUGGUUUUUCUAUUAUUCACGUUUCUGACUGUGUAUAAGGAGAGAUGAUAAGUUCUAAAAUAGAACAUUUGUUUCUCAACUCUUGAUUUUUACUAUAUUCAAUAACUCUGAUUUAUUGUAAAAACGUCAUAGCUAGACUGGCAAAAUAAAUCAGGUAUCAUGUUUAAUGUUUGUUCAAUUUUGAUUUUUGCUUAUUUUAUUAACUUCCUAUAAGAGUUUUCCUCUUUCUUGGCACAGAACAUGAAUAAUAGCUCUAUGACCCCUGUCCAGAGCACUCAUUUAAUAUCUGGCUAAUUUAAUUGUGGUGCAUUGAUACUAGGUUUUGUUGGGUUUACCCCAGCAUUUUUUUGUGUCCGCAUAGUACAUUUACAGACCCUAUACACGCUAUCUUCUUGUGGAAGACAUCUGUGCUUUUAUUGCAUUUCGUUAUUUGAUGGAGAUUCUAUGGAGUUCAUGGAAUAAAAAUAUGUUCUUAUUGGUUAUAUAUUGCUUUCUCUCCAGGGAUACUGCGACUGUAUUUUAGAAAAAUAUUGGAAGAAUUAAGCAGCAUGAUCACUGGAGAAUGUGAAGAUGGAUAUGAAGCCUCCGUCGAUUCUGGUGUGGGUUUUACGUGCAAAAGUGACAUGGCCUCUCGAGCUGGUGCAAUGGAGAUUGAGGAAGUGUAUGACCAAUCAGUCACCUUAAAGAACAAUGAACUGAUUAAAAACAUUGGCAAACUUGUUCGUGAUCUUAGAAGUCUUGGAUUUACAUCAGUAACCGAAGAUGCCUAUGCUUCAGCUAUCUUUUCCCUUUUGAAAGUAUGCACGUUAUUACCAUUUAGGGUUCACGUAGUCUUCAUCAUGUGGUUAAUGCAUUUUCGUUCUCUACAUUGUAGCUCUUGUUUUGAUUGCAGAUUAAAGUUCAAUAUCUGGCUGGAGAUGACUACCGAAGUCCUGUUCUAGAGUCCAUUAAAGAAUGGAUUCAGGUUUGUUUCUCUUUGCAUUCACAUUAUGGUCGAUGCUCCUCUAUUGUUUCCUAAUUAAAUUUCAUAUGUAAUUGAAUUUUACUUCACUUAGAAUCUUGCUGAUUUCUAAAGUUCUCUUCAUUGAGAACCUUUUUGAUUUCGAGUUACUUGUGAUUUAGGAUUGAAAACCCAUGCGAGUAAUUAGCUGAAGUAUUCCAUGCAUCUGUUAUUGUGUUAUGCAGACGUAGGCUGUGCACCUUACUAAGUUCUAGCUGUUUAUGCCUAGGUGUGCAACACCAGGCGUAAGCAUCUUGGAUCUCUUUCAUUUUUAAAGACCUUAGAUCCUUUUCAAUGAUUUAGCAAUUUGUUGUUGUGAAAAGAAAAGAAAAAAAAAUCUGGGGAGUUCAUUUGUCAUGGUAGCAUAUGCAUCUUGGAUCUCUUCAAUUUUCAAAGACCUUAGACCCAUUUCAAUGAUUUAGCAAUUUGUUGUUGUGAAAAGAAAAAAAAAGUCUGGGAAGUUCAUUUGUCAUGAUAUUUUUAUGUAUUCUUCUGUGUUGUCCCUCUGACACUUUUGUCUCAUGGUUUAUUUUUCCCUACACAAUGCCUGGUAUUUUUUUUGGUUAGGGAAGGAAAGGCUUAAGGUAGAAACCCCUGCCUUCAUCUCAUUAUCAAAUCCACUCUAUGUCUUCAUUAUAAGCACAACUCUUCUCUUCAUUAGCUAGACCUCUCUCCAUGUUCUCGAUUUCUCAUAUAACAGUAUGAAUUUUUCUCAUAUAAUAGUGCAAGUCUGGAUUUGCACUCUUCGUACCAUUUUGAGUGCAGUUACCUUAUACGUUUUAGGAUACGUUCAUGAGAGAAUUCUCUAAUCCCAUCUUUUCUCAGUCCAGACUUUUUCCAGAUUGAAAGAUUCACUGAAAACUCUUGAAAGGUUUUGUUUAAAUUAAAACAUUUCAUGCACUACAUCUACUGCAUGUGUGUUGGGCAUUUAAACAUGAAAGUAUUCUUAUUUGCCUUCACUAGAUAUUAAUUGCAUUGAUCUACGUCUGGCAUGUCCUUUCUGGUUUUUGAUCGUAUCUUAUUUCAUUAUUGAUCUUUUGCUUCAUUGGUGUUCAGGCUGUUCCGCUUCAAUUUUUAAAUGCUCUUUUAGGUUACCUGGGAGACUCAGCUGGUCAUGAGGACUCAAAUUCUGGUUUGAAAUCUCCUCUGGCUUCUCUCCCUACAUGUUACCCUGGAAUCGACAUGCCUUCUGAAGAGCUUGUCAGAUGGCAGUUGAGGCUCGAAUAUUUUGCUUAUGAGAGCUUGCAAGACCUGAGAAUAGCAAAGCUUUUUGAGAUUAUCGUGGACUACCCUGACAGGUUUUCUCUUUUCCUUCAUGUCUUUCCCUACAACUUUUGAGUCGUAUGUAUUGGGUUAUUAUCUUAUUUCAAUGCGCUCAUGAGUUUGCAGUAUGAGGCACGUACAUACAAAUUAUAAACCUUUCAGCUUCCUUCUUAUGCUAACCUUUUGUUGACUUCUUACGCAUCUGACUUGCCUUUGAUGAUCAUGUAGAAUAAAUUAUCUGUUACCAUUUUGACAUGUCCAGGUAGGUGAUGGAUGCAAUAUAUUUACCCUGUUUAGUUCAAGUACAUCCUAUCUCUCUCGUGGUUCCGUCAUAUAUGUGCAAUAUAUUGUGGAGUGAUGCAACGUCGGAAGAUGUAUAUCAAUGUCAUACAUGCUGCUUUGAUUUGUUUAUUGCUGUCGCAAAUAUUAUUAGCUUACUUUGUAAAUGGCCUUGAACCAGCUCUCCGGCUAUUGAAGAUUUGAAACAGUGUCUAGAUUGCACUGGGCAGCAUUCCAAGCUUGUUGACUCAUUUAUUUCUUCCUUGAGAUUUCGUCUGCUUACAGCUGGUGCCUCAACAAAUGACAUUUUGCACCAGUAUGUUUCGACCAUCAAGGCACUACGGAUAAUAGAUCCUACUGGUGUUUUCCUUGAAGCAGUUGGUGAACCCAUAAGGGAAUACCUAAGGAGGAGGAAGGAUACAAUAAAAUGCAUUGUGACCAUGCUUACUGAUGGGAGUGGGGGAAGUGCCACAGGAGCAGGGAACACAGGCGACAGUCUUCUUGAAGAACUAAACAGAAAUGCUGAAAAUCAAGAGAGUGCUGAUUAUGAUGACGACCUUGUCACGGAUGAUAAACAGGCGUGGAUCAAUGCAAUGCGGUAUAGAUCUUGUGAUAUUGAUCGUGAUUAAUCUACUUGUUUGCUGAAUUUCGUGUGUUACCCUUCUAGUGAAGUGGACUUUGUAUGAUGUGAUGUGCUUGUAUGAGAAGACCCCUUGUUAUCUGGUGUUUGCUUCCUUUCAGUUGGGAACCUGAUCCAGUGGAAGCAGAUCCAGCAAGAGGCAGCAGGAAUCGGCGGAAGAUUGAUAUACUAGGAAUGAUGGUCAGUAUUAUUGGUUCAAAGGAUCAGCUGGUGAAUGAACACCGAAUCAUGCUGGCAGAUAAGCUUUUGAAUAAGUCUGACUAUGACAUUGACUCUGAGAUACGCACUUUGGAACUCCUAAAGGUAUGCUAUUUAUUUUCUCCAUUCUGGCGAAUUCUUUAACUUCAUUAGCUCUCAUGGGUUGUAGGACAACAGCUUACACACUGAUAUAGCAUUGAUAUAUUACCAUCCGAAAAGCUCUCCUUUAAGUCAAUCUUUUUUAUCCGGUUUUUAGAUUCAUUUUGGAGAAAGCAGCAUGCAGAGAUGCGAAAUUAUGCUUAAUGAUUUAAUAGACUCCAAGAGGACCAAUAGCAAUAUCAAAGUAUCAGCGGCAAAGGCAACUCAGAUAGGUACAGUGGAACUGAUCCAUUCGAGGGCUUCCUGCUAAAUUAAAUAUAUGUCAAACAUGUGCCAGAUUUUUCACUCUUUUGAUUUAUGUUUAGAUGCCAAGCAAGACGAAGGUGACAUGUCACUGGAGGUCUUUGAUGCGACAAUUAUCUCUUCGAACUUUUGGCCUCCGAUCCAGGUAACAAACAGGACACACAUAGUACUCCAGGAUACACCAGCUGGUGUAAGAAUGUUUGGACGUAGAGAAGAUUGGAGGAACCAAAGGACGUGUCUAUUUCCUAUCUUCAUGCCACCUUCUGUCCAGUUUAAUUUCUGAAUGUUUGGCUACCGUUUAUUUGACUGAGACAUACAAAUCACAGGCUGAGUCCAUCAAUGUACCAGUUGCCGUGGAGGAAUUGCUAUCCGACUAUGCUAGAAGGUUUCAUGAAGUUAAAGCCCCUCGAAAGUUACUCUGGAGAAAAAAUCUUGGAGUGGUCAAGGUUAGACUUCGAAUGCCCCCCAUCUUGAACAUGCAGCCUUCAUUCAUCUUGGUGUUCCGGAUGACCAUAAUGACUCGUGAACCAUAGAUUAUCUUGGUGUUUAGAAUGUGGAUGAUUUCUGCGUCAUAUAAUAGGCAUCACCGUUCCCUUGUUUCAGUUGGAACUGCAAUUUGAAGACAGAGCUUUGCAGUUCACUGUAUCCCCGGUCCAGGCAACAAUCAUCUUGAAAUUCCAAGAGCAAGCAAGGUUUACUUCUGGAGUUGCUUCUAUGUGCUCAUAUUUUUUCUGCAGCUCUAUAUUUCCAUCUUGUUUUUGCAGCUGGACUUCCAAGAACCUUGCGGCUGCUGUCGGAACCCCUGUGGAUAUACUCAACAGAAGAAUAAGCUUCUGGGUUAGCAAGGCAAGUCGUGAGUGCUUGCUUGCUUCAUAUUUAAGAAAGAAUUACCUACGUGUUGCAAUUUCUGUUUAAUGUGUCUUGGGUAUCCGUAGAUAGAUAUACUUUUUCGAUACAGCAGCAAAUGCAGCCGAUGGUUUCUGUGCGAUCUCUUGGCCGAAAACGAAAAAUGUGUACAAGUUUUACUUUGAUUUUACAACAUAUAAUUAACGAUAGCAUUACAUAUGGAGGAUAACUUCGGGCAGAGGAAAAGUAAAGACAAGCAGGUUCUUAGAAUGGAUUGUAAUGUUGGACAACUUUUGAUCUGGAUAUCAAAAUAUAAACAUUUCUUAGAAUAACUUGGGCAUGGGACUUAGAGUGAGACAUAUAGCUGUCAAAGAAUAACAGGGGAUACUUGGCGAUCAUGGUGCACCAUCCAACAUCAUAGUGUGGAGAGAGAGACGGCGAGAAACUGUAUUCUUCACACAAUUGAUUAUUGAAAGUUCUUGUUACAUCAUAAUCUGAUCAUUGUGUGCUAAUUUUUUAGGCGCAAGAAAUAUUUUGUGGGCAUUUCUUUGGUGUUUAAUGUUUUUACUCCUUUACUUUGUCUGUGCUCAGGGAAUUCUUGUUGAGUCUCCCGGAUCCGACAGUGAUGACCACAUAUAUACGGUUGUUGAUGAGAUGUCUGAAACGAAUAGAAAUGGCCUCGCAAAGGGAACCUUGGAGGAUCUUUCAGCAAACGAUGAGGAAGGAGAAGGAUCCCUGGCUUCUGUCGAGGAACAGCUCCGAAAAGAAAUGACCAUCUACGAGGUAUGCACCACACUCCUUCCUGUUGCAAGCUUUUGUUCUCUUUUUUUCACGCGUAAAUAGAUCACCUACGGGAUAUGGUAAACUCCCCUUUAAAUUAUACGAAGCAUCUAAAUCCCCUUGCAAGCCCACCCUCUCACUAGGCACCUUUAAGAUCAUCUAGGGAUGAAACCCCAUUUUAUGCGCCUUGCAUAAGAACUCCCAGUCUCUCAAAGUAUGGUCCACAGUUCUGUCUCCCUCACUGGCAUCAUCGAUUGAGCAUCUGAGGUUCCACGAGGGUUGUACAAAACCCUGCCACUUGAAUGAACUGAGCUUCAGCAUGUGCUCAGGCUUCACUUUUCAGAAUGGGUAGCUCCAGUGAUACUGGGAUUGCUCUGAUUUUCAUAGAUCCAAAGAGAGUAAACGUGUAGAAUACCUCUCAAGUGAGAAUCUUAACUCUCUCCCCCAUGGUCUGCUAUGGCUGCUUAACAUAGAGUACAUUGGAAGGGAUGACCUUCAAGACAGGAUGGGUAGAUUACCAAAUAUCUUGAGAUACAGAAGGGAACAAGAAAUCAUCAUUUUUGCCGUCCGCAUCCUAAAGACAUGGGAGAGACAUCAGGACAGAAGAUGAGUUGGCAUCAGAUAAACUAUCCUUAGUUUAUGCUUGGGAUAACUUGAAAUCUCCAUGUAGAAUAUAUAUAUAUAUAUAUAUAUAUUGGGUGCAUUUCCAUUGUUCCAUAUGAUCAUCAAUAACGUUGAUUACUGCCGGCAAAGCAAUAUCCUAACGUAGAAUAUAUACCUUGUGAGCGCAGAAAUUCAUUGUGGGGAUGCUGACCAACUUUGGCAGCAUGGCACUGGACAGAAUUCAUAACACUCUGAAGGUAAGUGUUGAGACGAGAGUCCCUACCCUUCUUGUGUGUCCGAGUUCUUGGCGAGGGGAUGUGGUGAGUGAAGUGAUCCCAAGCUUGUGUCGCAGAUGUUUUGCAUAGCCGAACCGACGUACGACAAGUCAGUACAGCAGCUGCAAAGCUUUCUGGAAGGUCUUAUUGCAGAAGAAAAGUUAGAAAUGCGAGAUGGAAUGUACGUGCUGAAAAGGUAA